AUGGCUGCAAAAAGUGUGGAUACGCCUGCUCAUAAAUUGGCCUUUGUCGCCAUCGCCUAUGGUUAUUAUGACGAGCAAGAUCCGAUUAGUAUGUCUGCAGAAACUUCGGACCUUAACUGAGUUUUAGCCACCAACUUCAUCAGAUCGAGGUUCAAAGACGAGGAGACGCACGGAUCUGAAGAUAUAUUCGAAGGCCUUGAGGUUUUUCGACAGGCGCUUAUCGAGGAACCCCAUGAAGAACUUUACGUCGAGAUUGAUUUGUCCGCGAAUUUGGACUUGACGCAACAGGAGACACAAGAAAUUGGGAGAGUCUUGAAAGGUAUGUCAUCCACAGGCUCUAUAGAUACCAGGGAGUAUAUUGAGUCUAUAAGCCUAAGUUUUGUAAUGGCUUUUUUUACAGAGGGAGACCUGAUCCAGUGGCACAAAAACGUGCCAUUUUGCGUCCGGGAAGUAUCAAAAAUGUAGCAAAAUACCUCCCUCUCCAACUAAAAAAACUCUACCUCACAAAAACAGCGGACGCGCUUUUGAAAUCCCAGUUUUUUCAUUUGGAGAGGGAGAUAUUUUGCUACAUUUUUGAUACUUCCCUUAUGCAAAAUGGCACGUUUUUUGCCAUUGGAUGAGGUCCCCCACUGUACAUCCUCUCAAUGCCUUUAAAGAAUUUCUUUGUUGCAGAACUGGCUGGCUACACAUCAACAGUCUCACUCCAACUUCGAUCAGGCAAGUCUUUGAAGUGGGGUGUUUUAAAUUUUCUGGGAAGAUACUAUAAAGCAUUUUAUAGUAGAGGAAAAAUUUUAUACAGCGCUAUAAAUGAACAUAUUUUUCCACAAAAAGAUACGAGAUUUUCUGUCGAUUUUCUGAAGCCCCACUUCAAAGUAUAUUUCAGGCCCAAGAUGCUUUAUAAUGCCGAUCCUGGAAGAGCUGAUUCCCGUCGUCCCAGUCACAAAGGAACUGAAUUGUUCCUUCAAACAUUUGACAUAUUUUGAAGGCUGUUGUGUCAACAUUGUAACCCUUAAGAAAGAUUUUAAAUCAUCAUGUAAGUGAGGGGCUUUAUCCGUAGUGUUUUAGAUGCGGCUCCUCUUUUCCAGGUGCUUGCUGAUGAGCUGUUUCUUCGGCAAACUCAACUACACGAUCUUUGCAUUAGACUGUAAGUCUCCCAAUUAUUUAAUAAGGGGCAUUGCCGAGUUGCACAGGGCUGUCUUUAGCAGUAAAAUUCAAAGUAAUUUUUUAGAUACCCAACGAAAUGUGCGGCCAAGCGUUUGCGUUGCUUGGUGGACUUGUCUCGCGAACCAGUUGCGGGGUAUUACCACGGAAUUCUAGAGCAACUCUCCGUCAUGAUGCCGCAUUUGGAGGAACUGACGCUUUCUUCAUUAAGCGUCUAUGCGACCACAUCAGAGGUAAGACAUAAUAAAUGCGUUUUUUAUCUAUUUGUCGGGGAAAUAAUGUGGAUUUUUCGCGGCUUGAAAUCGCCCAUUGUCGCUUUGUGGCGACUGGCCGUAGCUGUGGAUUUUUUGUGCGAUUGCGGCUAGGUGAGACAUCUUUUGCGAUAAAUACUAGUCACGCCAUAAAGUCCUGACACAUUUGUCGCGAGUGUCGCGCGAGAAAAUUGAAGCGAGCUUGCGCGAAAGUGCAUGUCGCUAGUGCAAAAACGGGGAAUUGCCGAAAACAAAACCGCACUGUGCAAAUGUGCCAUGACUUUAUGUGGCGACUAUUACACAUUAUUUUCCCGACAGACCGGGGUUAAAUUCGGCGAUUGAAGCGGACUUGAUCCAGUCGUCUUUGGUCAAUAAAUCGGGGGUCCGCCAAGCAGGUAGCUUUGUGAUCUGCACUCCAAAUAAACAAGGAUUUUUUGGCUCUAAACAUCAAGCUUCCCUUGUCAAUAAAAUCAAUUUUCAGCAACUCGAAGCCCUGCUGGAGAAAAUGCUUUUCAACGCCGAUCAAAUUGCUCAGCAUUCGGCCCUUGUUAUCAACCUGUCGAUGCGGCUGUUCGCAGACAAUCCUCUGAAAUCCACUACAAUCGAAAAAAUCAAAAGUCGUUUGUCUCGGUUGAAUGUGGAAAUUCAGGAAGAAGAGGGGUUUUGUUUAUUCACUGUCAAACUCAACACUACCACUUUUAAACUUUGGCUUAAUUGGAGAGCACCAAACUAUGAUUUGGGCGUCUAUCACCGUAUUUGGGGGCAUCCGUGGGAAGAGAUGUGA